AAUUUAUUUUGGUUUUCUUUAGUUUUUGCCUGUACCCCUCUUCUGUAACUUCCACAGUGACCAUAAGCAUUAGGGUCGUAUUCAUAAAAUAAAAUAAAAUGGGUUAAAAUUUACCCAGCUGCGGAGCAGGGUAAAAUUUGACACAAGUGGUUAAAAUAUGACGUUUCUCAAGAUAGAAAGAUCAAGAAAGAUUUGGAAUUAUUUUUGUUAUAAUGCGUUGAUUUUUAAGAAAUGUAAAAGUAUUGAUGCUAUUAAUUAAUACAAAGUACUUCCAUAAAUUAUUAUUCAUCUUGAAAAAUUUACAAUGUACGAAUUGGUUGUUUGUUUUUUAUUUUUUAUAUUUAUUUUUUGUUGGCAGCUGAUGAACUGUGAAAAAAUGUCUUUUAGAUCGUAAAGAAGUGGAAAAUUAUCGAUAAAAAUAAAAAAAAAUACAAUGAAUUCUCACAGUUGCAAUAUCAUUCCAACUAGAACUACUAAACUUCAAUCAGAAGAAUGGAAAUUUUAUCAGAAAUCACUCUAAUCCUGGCCUUGUUUAGUGUUUCGAACUGCUUCGAAGCCAGGAAGGACGAACAACAACGAAAUUCAACAUGUACUUUUACGUCAAUCACUGAGACUUCAUCACAGUUCUCUCAACUCCACUGUGAAGAUAUAACUCUUAUCGAACUGAGCAACAGUUAUUUGACAGAAAAUCACAUCAACUAUGAAAACGUCACAUUGGUGCAUUGCCCUAUAACAAAUUACGUAAAUUUACAGCUGCAUCAAUUUCACUUCGCCAAGCAUUUAAAAUGGAGUAAAAGCAACAUAACAGAUGAUAAAAUCGAAACAUUUCUCAUGCAGUAUGGAAAUAACUUCAGAAAUCUUAUAUCACUCGAUUUGUCUUAUAACGCACUAGAUUGUGUAAAAUGGAUACAUCCACAUUUUAUUCAAAAGCUUAAUAUUCUAAAACUUACUGCCAAUGAAAUCGAAACGGAUAGUUGCAAUUUCACUCAUUUGUGUCAAUUAAGCAAUCUGCAGGAGUUGCACUUGGAUCAAAAUUUAAUGAACACUUUAAAUAACACUUUGUUGACUAACUUUAAAGAUUUGAAAAUUUUGAAUGUAUCAUCUAAUAAUAUCUCAGACAUUCCAAGGAAUACCUUUAACUUUACAAUCAAUUUGAGGCAAUUGCUUAUAAGUCGGAAUAAUGUAUCAAUAUUACCUUUUCAAUUAUUUAAAACCAUGCAACAUCUCAAUGUUUUAGACUUGUCAUAUAAUCGCAUUUUAUCUUUGCCUGAUAAUUUUUUUGCGUUAAAUAUAGCUUUAAAAGAGUUGUUGUUGAAACAUAAUCUUUUGCAAUCAAUCGAAAGAAAUGUAUUUUUUGGCCUAAAAGAAAUAAACACAUUAGAUUUGUCAUACAACUCCAUAGCUUAUAUUGAUAAGAGAGCUUUUUACUCACUAGGAAGCCUGACUAAACUGAAUCUUCGUCAUAACAAAUUGAGAAUCAUUCCUGCCUCUUUAUUUCAUCCAUUACAAAAUAUUGUGAAACUAGACAUAAGUGAAAAUGGAUUCACGCAACUGCCGAGUGGUUUGUUCAAGUAUCAAAAAUCAUUGAAUACGCUCUCCAUCGAUGGUACUAAUUUAGAAAAACUAGGUAACUGGAUCUCAAACUUUGACAAUGAAGUUAAUAGUAGAAUCCUUAAUAAUUUAAAUGUACUUUCAAUGCAAUAUAAUACAAAAUUACAAAUAAUUCCAAAAAUAAUCUUCAAAAAUGCUGUCAACAUCACAGAACUAUAUUUGUCAAACAAUGCGUUGGUUCAUAUAGCCUCUGAAGUUGGUGACCUAAAGAAUCUGAAAUUGUUGAACUUGAAAAACAACCGACUUACAUAUAUUCCUGAAUCUAUAAGAAAACUUGAACACAUUGAGUUUAUUAGUCUGAUCAACAACGAUUAUACAUGUGAUUGUAAGAUGUACUGGCUUAGCGAUUGGCUUACAAAAACAGUCCUUAAUAUUAAUCAAUCUUCUGAACAAUGUUUUGAUUGCAAUUCUGAAUAUGAUAUGAACACAAUAAUUUCUCAUUUGAAAUGCCACCAAGGAUAUCCAGGAGAUAUGAUACCUGUACUUAAGAAUCUCCAUUGCUUCAAACCAAGCAUUUUGGAAUCGUUUGACAACAGAAUGCAUAUGCUUUACUCAACUGUAAACUUAGAAUGUUCUUUUUCGGGUAGUCCUAUACCCGAUAUUGUUUGGGUAACGCCAACAAAUCAUUUGCUAAGACACCGUGCAGAUCCCGAAAAAGAACCAAUGACUUUAAAGUACAAUGGCAUAAGGCAGAAAACAUAUGAGUUUGAAGAUGAAAACAGCUUAAAUAAAACAAUUCAGCAUCGAUAUAUCUAUAGUCAUUAUGCUUUGUACGAAAAUGGAUCUCUGCGAAUAUUUAAUCUUUCACGAAGCGAUAGUGGCAUAUAUACAUGCUAUGCAUUCAAUUUGAUGGGAAGUACUUCAGCAAGUAUACGGCUCUACAUCGAUCCUAAUAUAUUUUACAAAUUGAAAAUUGAAAGUAUCAUGUUUGGAACUGCAGCUGCCACAUUAUUUUUGCUUCUAACGCUUUUCAUACAAGGAAUUCGAAUGCUUUUAGCAAAAUAUGGACUGUACUACAAAACAUGCAAUGUAUUUGUUUGUAUUGGACGGAAGAAAUCACCACGAGCUAAACAAAUAUAUGCAAUGUUGGAUAGCAUUGAGCAUUAUAAAAACCAGCAGUUAGAAAGGUUAAGGGAGAACUAUGCACAACAGAUCUUGAAACAUAUAUCAAAAGCCAAAUAGAGGGCGAGCUAUCGGAUAUAAAUGUAAACAUUCUACAAUACAAUUGCAAAUUGCUACAAAGCUACUCCGCAGUAAGAAGUAUGGAUGAAAGCAAAACAUCAAUUUAUUACACUCCACCAGAUGACUGUCUUAUUGCUUCUAAUUUACAAGUAUCGCCAAUUCAUAUCAACUACAUAGAUGAGAGCCUAGAAAUGAAUAACAUAAGUAGAGUUUGCCCAGAUGAGAUGUUGUCUAACACUAUGUCUACUGAAAAUGAAACUGCAGCUGAAAGUUUAGUUGUAACUAGUAAACAAAAAUCCGAACCAUUUCACACUAUUAAGCCCAAAGACAUUAAUUUAAACAAAAAUCCUUUAACAGUCAAAAAUUCAAAUUCAUUCCCUACAAUUUAUAAAAUAUUAAUGAACGAAGACGGUUCGGUUGUUCAUCAAUUCUUAAGCAAUAUCUCCAAUGCCGGGAAUGAUGAGAAAGUCAGUGACACAGAUAAGAUACAAACGACAAAAGGGGAUUUUAUAAACUUAAAAAUUAAAAAUAAUAACGUUGUAUAAGAACAUUGUUCGUUAAAUAAAUCAAAACUAAAUAAGGAUAACUAUAAGAAGGUAGUUUUAAGAUGCAAAACUUGCUUUAUGCAAAGUUACCUUCGUAUUACGCAGGGGCCUGUUUCAGAGCUACUACAUUAAAAACUACAUCAAUUACAUCGGCUAUAUCAACGACUAAGCGACUCAUUAGAUUUCUCAAACAACUUUUUAUUAGAACAUUUGUACUAUUUUGAUCAUAAAAAAGUUUUUCAAAAGGUUCAAUGGAAUUCAACUACUGACUUAUGAGAUCAAUAAUGUACACUGAUGGAAAAGCCACCAUAAAACAACGUGAAAUCAAUGAAAACCACAUUGAUUUAACUAUUAUUCGGAAUGAUUUUGCGUUGAAGAUGGACAUUUUAAAAUCAACGUGGAAAUUAGGUUAAUUUUUGAUGGUUUCGAUUCUUAAAGUCCCAUAAAUCAAAGGAGUUCAACUUUGAAACAACGACGUUUCAACUUCAAUUUAUUUUUCCCUCAGUGUAGUUGACUAAAUGUAGUUGCACUGAAAUAGGACCCAGCUGAUGGGUAAUUUGUGUGCCGAACAAAUUUAAUCAACUCGAUCCUUUAUCGUUUAUGAACUCAGGAGUGAACUAUGCCGAUCCUUUUACCAUUAAAUUCUAGCGUGGUUUUACAGCAUAUCAUCGGUCUCAUAAGGAAACCUCGUAACCUCGUUUUUUUGGAAAAUGACUUUUGAAUGCAAUUUUUUAGAAAAUAUGUCAGCGGAGCUACCCAGAAAAUUUGAAGUCAUUCCGACUACUCUAAAUAGACUUUAAUUCGAAUUUUGUACAGCACUUUACUCCCAACUACGCUGUUGUUUCUCUACUCUUUUGUCUCUCCUGUAAAAUUUUGAUUUUGGGAGUUACGAGGUUUCCUUAUGAGAUCGACGAUAUGCUGAUUUGUUUGUGAGUUUUUUUUUAAAGCACUCGCCAAUCGGCUAAUUCAUUGGAACAUUCUCAAAGUGUGGUGCAAGGAUUUCGGUGGCGUUGGCAUAUGGAAUAUCUUACUAUAAGGCUAGGCGCAUACAUGCGAUUUUGAUCGCGCGAUCAUUCAGUCGCAAAUUAGAUGACAAGAAUUUCAAUGACUGUAGACACAAUUUUCAAAUUUUUAAUCGCGGGAAGCAUGUGUGUUCAGAGGCAUUGAAAUCCAUGUGAUUCAUUUUCGCGACUGAAUAAUCGCGCGAAUAAAAUCGCAUGUGUGCGCCUAGCCUAAGAUCCAAAAAAGUGGGCGCAAUCGAAACCUAAGGCUAGGCGCACACAUGCGAAUUUAGUCGCGCGAUUAUUCAGUCGCAAAAAUGGAUCACAAGGAUUUCAAUGCCUGUGAACACACAUGCUUCCCGCGAUUAAAAAAUUGAAAAUUGUGUCUACAGUCAUUGAAAUUCUUGUCAUCUAAUUUGCGACUGAAUAAUCGCGCGAUCAAAAUCGCAUGUGUGCGCUUAGCCUAACCUGGAGACAUGGUCGUGAUAAAAGAGACUAAUCUUCCUGAUAACCUUCACAUGCUUAAGUGGGAGAAUUCACACCGGGUGCAAAAUAGUAUUGUGUGAGUUGCCACUAUUAGAACUGCAAAUGGUACUUUCGUUUGACCUAUAUUAAGGGUUGGUGAUGAAUGACCAAAACCCAUAAUCCCAAAGAGAAAAUCCCCAAAGCCAAAAUUUCCAAGAUAAACCUGGGUAUAGACAAAAUCUCCAGGAAAAAAUCUCAAAAAAAAAAAAUCUCCGAGCGAAAAUCCCAAAAUUUCAGAUGCGCAAGUUGUGUAUCAAGCAAUCAAAUCGCGCGCGAUUUACGUUUUAUGUGGCCGCAGAAAGAAAAAAAAAACUUUUUAUUUAUUUUUUUUUUAUUGGGCUACAGGCCUCUUACGCUUUAUUAAUUUAUACUAAAUGCAACAAACUAAUAAGAAACCAGAAUGAUCCGCCGUCCAAGCGUCGCUGCGAUCAUUGGGGUUACAUACGUA